UCAAGACGCCAUUCCCCUAUAUAUUAAUUAGUAGAAACUUCUCUUUCUUCUCCAAUUUGUUUUUUUUUUCUUUUUUUCUUUUGUACUUGUUGUGACUGGGCCAUGGCGGAGGAAUUGGGUUGCGUUGGUUUUCUAGGAGAAGAUGAUGAUCUGUUCUUAGAUUUCGAUCUUUCACUUUUCACUGAAACUCCUAUUGCGGGUGAUUUUAUUCGGUCUUCACCGGAUUCUGCAAACUCGUGGAUCGGAGACAUUGAGAGCCAACUGAUGAACGACGAGGACAAUCAGAAUUGUCUGGAGUUGGACCAGCAAUCGGUGUCGGAGUUUCUAGCGGAUAUAUUCGUAGAUGAUCCCACCGCUGAUUCCGUGACUGGUAAAGUUGAUGAUGUACCAACCCAAGGAUCCGAUGAUGCCGGGAAGGAGAAAGCAGUUGAGAAGAAGAGGAAUGAUUCUGGAAGUGAGAAUCUGGAUGAAGCUAAGGUGGAAAGCGAGAUAUCAGGAGACGAUGAUGCUAUUGCCAAGAAACGAAGAAGGAGGGUAAGAAACAGAGAUGCGGCUGUGAGGUCGAGAGAGAGGAAGAAGGAAUAUGUGACCGAUCUUGAGAAGAAAAGUAAGUAUCUCGAAAGAGAAUGCAUGAGACUGGGACGGAUGCUUGAUUGCUUUGUUGCGGAAAACCAUUCUCUUCGUCUAUGUUUGCAAAAGGGUGGUGGAAAUGCUUCCAUGAUGACAAGGCAGGAGUCUGCUGUGCUCUUGUUGGAAUCCCUGCUGUUGGGUUCCCUGCUUUGGUAUCUGGGAGACAUCAUUUGCCCAUUCCUCCCUCUCCCCCAACCAAAGACUUGCUUCCUUCCAGCGGAAGCCGACGGACCAGAAAAGCUGGUUCUAAGCGGGCGAGGGAGUAGCAAACUGUCUAAUAAUUAUGCCUGGAAGAGUCGGAGAUGUAAGGGUUCAAGGCCUCGGAUGAAACACCAAGUAGUGGCGUGACACCUUACGCCUCUUAUUCUCUUAAGCUUUUAAAUGUUGUUUUUUUUCUUUUCAUUUUGAG